GUGUUCUUCCUCAUUUCAAUUUGUUUCUCCCUCUUCAUUUCUGAACCAGAAAAAGACUAGGGUUUUUACUGAAGAUUUCUAGAAAGCUUCAAUGGCGGAAGAGCACAAGCACGAGGAAUCGGCUGCUGAAUCGAUCAUAGAGAAGAUUGCUGAGAAGAUCCGCGGAUAUGACGAUGGGUCGUCGUCGUCUUCCGAUUCCGAUGAUGAGAAGAAAGCGUCACUGUCCUCCCUUAAGGCGAAGAUUUACCGCCUCUUCGGAAGGGAGAAUCCUGUUCACAACGUUCUCGGUGGCGGAAAACCUGCCGACAUUGUCCUCUGGAGGAACAAGAAGGUGUCUGGGGGAGUGCUUGGUGCCGCGACAGCAGCAUGGGUCUUAUUUGAGUUGCUUGAAUACCACCUUCUCUCACUUGUCUGCCACAGUUCCAUUCUCGCUCUUGCAGUUCUGUUCUUGUGGUCUAACGCCAGCACCUUCAUUCACAAGACUCCUCCUCGUAUCCCUGAAGUUCACAUCCCUGAGGAACAUGUUCUUCAGCUUGCUUCUGGUCUGAGGACCGAAAUCAACCGUGGGUUUGCUGCUUUGAGGGACAUCGCAUCGGGAAGAGACCUCAAGAAAUUUCUCAUGGUGAUUGCCGGGUUGUGGGUUCUGUCAAUUCUCGGUAGCUGCUGCAACUUCGUGACCCUGUUCUAUAUUGCAACUGUCCUCCUUUUCACCAUUCCUGUGCUCUAUGAGAAGUAUGAAGACAAAGUAGACGCCUUUGGCGAAAAAGCUAUGAAGGAGAUCAAAAAGCAAUAUGAGGUGUUGGAUGAGAAGGUGUUGAGCAAGAUCAUGAGCAAGAUCCCUAGGGGGGCCCUUAGCAAGAAGAAGGAUUAGAAUCGUAAGUUUUCCCUCUCAUCAGUCUCCCGGCGGUAGUGUUGUUUUGACUCUUGAGGAAGCUUUUGGUUAAGAACCCCCUUUUUUUUGUCUGCUAGCUCUUUUCUAUGUCGGCUUUCAUCGUUUUUUUGGCCAAAUUCUGUAGCCAUAUAUGGAUCGCAUGAAUUUUGUUGCAUCAUAGUUGAUUGAUGUUUCUGCAUGUCGAUAUGAUUGCUCUCUU